GGGGCUGCAGGAGCUUGGGGGCCAGUGGCAGGAACAAGUCUUUUCCGACCCGAUGGAGCUGUAUGAGACAUCCCCCUAUUUCUACCAGGAGCCCCACUUCUACGAUGGGGAAAACUACCUCCCUGUCCACCUCCAGGGCUUUGAGCAACCGGGCUAUGAGCGGACUGAGCUCACCUUAAGCCCUGAAGCCCGAGGGCCCCUGGAAGAAAAGGGACUGGGGACCCCUGAGCACUGUCCAGGCCAGUGCCUGCCAUGGGCAUGUAAGGUGUGUAAGAGGAAGUCUGUGUCUGUGGACCGGCGGAGGGCAGCCACACUGAGGGAAAAGCGCAGGCUCAAGAAAGUGAACGAGGCCUUCGAGGCCCUGAAGAGGAGCACCCUGCUCAACCCCAACCAGCGGCUGCCUAAGGUGGAGAUCCUGCGCAGUGCCAUCCAGUACAUUGAGCGCCUACAGGCCUUACUCAGCUCCCUCAACCAGGAGGAGCGAGAUCUCCGCUACCGAGGCGGGGGCGGGCCCCAGCCGGUGGUGCCCAGUGAAUGCAACUCCCACAGCGCCUCCUGCAGUCCAGAGUGGGGCAGUGCACUGGAAUUUGGUACCAACCCAGGAGAUCACCUGCUUGCAGCUGACCCUACAGAUGCCCACAACCUGCACUCUCUUACCUCCAUCGUGGACAGCAUCACAGUGGAGGAUAUGUCUGUUGCCUUCCCAGACGAAACCAUGCCCAACUGAGAUUGUCUGCCAGGCUGGGUGUCCAUGUGAGCCCCCAAGUUGGUGUCAAAGGCCACCCCUUCUGCAGCAGGGGCCUUUUAAGUGGGGCUGUUCUAAUGCCAAGCAAACAGCCCUGGGCUGCCACAAGCCAGACUACCCACUCCUCAUUCACAUAAGGCUAACACCCAGCCCAGCAAGGAAACGGAUGCCCUCAUUUCUCUGACUCCUUAAAGCAGAGAGCAUCCCCUUCCAAGGAGAGAAAGAUGGGGUCCAGAGAGCCCCCUUGUUGAUGUUCCCCAAUGGGGCAAUCUCAGGAGCUUCCUUUUUUGUUUAUCAUAAUAUGCCACUGAUUCCAACUCCCCCCACACACACUCCAAAUGAGAGUUUGAGAGACGGAGACUGUGCCCUGACCUAAACAAGUGUGCACAUCUGUCUCCUCCUGCUGCCAGUGGCUGGGCUGGGCCUGCCCUGAGUUGAGAGAGAAUGGGGAGGAUAUAGACUGCUCCAAAGUCACUGGGGUGGGGUGGGGCAAGCAUUUGCAGUGGACAUUGGGAGCCUUCCAGGGGGUUGUGUAUUGUUUAUUGUUCUGUGUGUUGUUUGUAAAGCUGCCAUCUGACCAAGGUCUCCUGUGCUGAUGUUGCCAGGGACAGGCAGGGAAGGGGGGCCCCUUGGGGUAACUUCUUUUGUUAACUAAGCAUUGUGUGGUUUUGCCUUUUUUUGUAAUUCUUUUGCUAACUUAUUUGGAUUUCCUUUUUUAAAAAACAAAUAAAGACUGGUUGCUAUCA